AACAACGAGACGCUGCCGAGAUGAAGGCGUCAAUUAGAAAUGAAGAAUCAAGACUGAAAGAAACUAAAAGACACAGGAAGUCGGUGAGGGAAGUUCAGUGGUUUCUUGCGUCACAGACAUUUUAGACUGAAGCUUGUGCCGGUGCAGAGAGAGAAAGAUAUAUUCUUUAUCUCUGCUAUUCUGGACAAUAUCCAUUCGUCAGAUCACAAUGUAGUCCAUCACUCAAACACUAUCAGUGGAUCUGUUUACAAGUUUGGUUCUUGGAGCAACGCUGGAUGCACCGGAUUACCACCAUGUGUGGUAUAAGUGUAGUACUUCACACAUGAUCGUUUAUUGCAGCAGCUGGCACAGGAAUCCACAGGAUUGAAUGUUAGAGAGGCGAUAUGAGGAGAGGACGCAGAAAAGGAGGAAGUCGGGAGAAGGUAUUCGGAUGCGACCUGCUAGAACAUCUGACCUCCACCGCGCAAGAGAUUCCUCUAGUAUUACGCAGCUGUAGUGAAUUCAUUGAGGAACAUGGAAUCGUUGACGGGAUUUACAGACUGUCAGGAGUUUCCUCAAACACACAGAAAUUAAGAUCUGAGUUUGAUUCUGAAGGAACUCCUGACCUCUGUAAGGAUGUUUAUCUGCAGGAUAUUCACUGCGUCAGUUCUCUAUGUAAAGCUUACUUCAGAGAACUGCCCAACCCUCUGCUCACAUAUGAACUCUAUGAUCACUUUGCCGAUGCUGUGGCUGUUCAACUGGAAGAUGAGAGACUGGUGAAGAUUAAAGAGGUGUUGAAGGAUCUACCUGUCCCUCACUACAGGACUCUGGAGUAUUUGAUGCGACAUCUAGUCAAGAUGUCCACACACGCACCUCAGACCAACAUGCACACCAGAAACCUCGCCAUUGUUUGGGCCCCAAACCUCCUCAGAUCGAAGGACAUCGAGUCGACUGGUUUUAAUGGCACAGCAGCAUUCAUGGAGGUGCGAGUUCAGUCCAUCGUGGUCGAGUUUAUUCUCACUCAUGUGACCGAGCUCUUCCCUGGAACAGGAUUGGCGAUGGAGCGCAGGAAGUCCCUCCCCUCACCCUCAGCGCUGUCCAAUCAGGAUGAAAAGUUUUUAAAGUCCCUUCCCUUAUAUUGUUCCGGAAACCUCAGCCCUGGUGAUGGGCUGCCGCCCAUGCGACCGUACCACGCUAUCAUUGACGGCACUGACAAGAGGAAGGGUUCCCUCAAAGGCAGAAAUUGGAGGUCUAUCUUUAAUUUGGGUGGGAGACUGCAUGAUUCACGCAAGAAGAGCAAAUGCUGUGCUAAAGAUAAAGAGAAGACAUCUCUGCGGCCGGCGAAAAGCAUGGACUCUCUGAGCUCAGGGCCUUAUGCGGUGGAAGAUUCGAAGCAUCCUCAAACUCUUCCUCCUCUGGUCCUGUCCGUGGCCUCAGGCAGCUCAGAGGGCGUGUCUUCUGUCGGUGGGGGCGUGUCUAGUGGUUAUGCGGUGACUUACAGGCGCACGGGCGGGGCACAGGUGAGCAUGGUGAGUGGAGGGACUGCAGGUACUUACAAUCGUCUGGAUGCAGGAGGCGGAGCCAUCGGAGCAGAGGGGCCAUCGCAGGGUGUGUCCAGAUCACCGGGCAUGACGAGCAAAGCGGACCGGCGCGCUGGUAUCCACAUAUCAGGACCCUUCUCAGUGACGGUUCCCCUUCACAUUACAUCGGGUUUGGCUCUGGGUGUUCUACAGGGGGGAUGGAAUGAGAAGGAAGAAAAUGGUGAGGAAGAUCAACCAGAAACAGAGGAAAAGGAGGACACAGUGUGGAAAGAGAAAGAGAGGAAAUCCACAGAUGGGGAUUCACAAACAGAGAGAAGAAAUAAUGAUGUUCAAGAAAGUAGAGGAAACAGCAAAAGCCACAUGGACAGUCAGGAUGAUUGUGGGAAGGAAAUAUCAACGAUUACAGGAAAGGAGAACGUUACGCCGGAGGAGCAAGACAUAUCCAGCGCCAGGGGAGCAGAGAAGGAAGAUCUGACCCUGAAUCAAGAGACUGUGAAGGCAAACGUAGAAGAUACAGAGCCACAGGACAAAACGGAAACAGCCGAGGAGGAUUACUUGGACAUGAGAGGUCACCUGAAUCAAGAAUCAUCUGCAGCUCACUGGGGGACUGACUGUCCACUGUCCCCCAUCUAUGCGGAGUUUCCUGAUCAGGACUUCCCACUAGAUUUCCAGGAAGCCUUCGGGUUCCUCGAUUUGAUGGACAGCAGUGCAUCAAACCAGGUUGAGUUUUCCGUAGAGCCACCCUGUUUUGAAGAGGAAGAUGAGGAAGAGGAGGAUGAAAACAAGGACAAUCAGGCUCUCUGCUAUGCAUUGCAAAACCACAGUAAUGACUUUAAAGCUCCUGCAGCCAAAAGCAUCACUCCGACGUUCACACACCAGCCUCUAUCUGGCAAAUCACAUAGCUUAUCUUAUAAGUCCCACCCCUUCAUGCCCGCCCUGUCAUUAUCCUCGGAUGAUGAAUACAGCCCUGGUGAUGAUGAUGAUGAAGAUUAUUCUGAUAAAGGAUCUGAAUACGAGGACAUGUUUUGUCAAAGUCUACCCUCAAGUCGUGAUUUUCAAGGUCUAUCCUGGUCAAGUCCACAAACAUCUGCCUCCACAAACAGUGAGGUUGAUGUUCACUCGAGCAACCAAUCAGAAUGCUUAGAUGAAGCACACAGAAUACAUCUUCCAGAGAGCAGGAAAGAUGUGCAAUCCAUCAGCCAAUCAGAAGACAUGAUUCUUACAGCUACCACAAUGAUAGACAACAGUGAAGAGCAUCUCAGCUCAGACGUGUCAAAGAUGAACAGUCCUCAUAUGGAUGAAAAGAAGAAUGAAGAGAGAGAAUCAGAGGAUGUGGAGAAUGAUAUACACGCUUUAACGGUAGAAGACAACCCAGAAAGUGAAGCCAGUGAAGAGGACACAUAUUUUGGACCAGACUCGAUACCGUCUUCGCCAGAGCCCAACCAGACCGAAACUGCCACCAGCAUCAGUGUCCACGAUGAGCCCAUCCCAGGACAGUUUCCAGAUGUAGAGACUCAACCGAUGCUGGAUGCAGACGGUUACCAAGACAGCACAGCAUGUGAUGUCAUAAUCACUGAUGACCUCACUGCCACGGACUCCGCCUCAUUGGCUCCUCAAGAUGAAGUGAAGACAGAUCCACCACCAGAGGAAGAAAAAACGGUUUUAGGUGACAGUAAGAUGAAUGAGGAGAUGAGUAGAUCAGAAGAAGGUGAAACAGAGGAACAGAAGAAGACAGAAGAAACUACGGAUGAAGGGAAGAAUAUAUUGGAGGCUGAGGAGUUAAAAACGACUGAACGUGAAGAAAAAUGGAGAGAAAAUGAAGAGAAUCCUGAGGAAAAAGCUCAAGAGAUGGAAGAGUGUGUACACAUCAAUGAAAUGGUUCAAGACUCAGAGGAAGAUGCAUCUGUAGAAGGAUGUAGUGAUGAAAAAGUAGAACAAAAACUAAAAGAUUUAGAGGAAGACGAUGGAGAAAAGACAAGCAAUGACAAGAACAUUGUCGGUUCUGAGGAGAAUGCCAACGAUAAAUCAGACAGUUGUAAUGAGUUAAGUUCUACAGACAUAGUUAAGGGACAUUUUUCUCAUGAAGAGAUAUUUGAAGUAACAGAGGGUCAUUCAAAUAGAGGCGAUCUCGAACAGUCCACAUUCAUGCAUCAACCAGACGAGGUUCCGUGUGAAAAAAUGGACAGGAAGAUGGAAGAGGAGGCAGUGAUCCAAGACGUCGAAUUGCCACAGAGUGCUGAACACAGUCUCGUGCCAGAGCUGGAGAGGGCGUCAAACGCUCCCAACAGUUCUCCGUGUAAAGUGGCAUAUCAAGCGAAAGCUGUACCUGUCAUCCCACCCAAACCUCAAAACUCCAAACUCACCACGUUCACCCUCAGACAACACCACCAAUAUUCACAGUUAAUGGACAUGGAUGGGCAACAUGUCAAACUGGAUGAAAUGGAUGAACGGCACAUGGACAGCGAAAACAAACCGAGAGAAAACGAAAAACCAGGGCAAACGGAUGAAACCGCAGAGCACUGCAAAAAACAUUUGAAUGAAAGCGAUGUGGAUGGGAUGAGUCGGGACGACGGGACAAAGCAAGAGAGGGAGGGUCCGAGAGAAAGGCAGGGGACUUGGGAUGGUGACAUCGAUUGCAGGGAAGAUGUCGUCAGGGAAACGGAGGUGAAGAGGAACAGCGCUGUCAGCAUGUGUUUUGAUGAAGCCGUCGCUCGCGCCACAGUGAAGAGGAGCAGAGAGAGAGAAAACACAGACAGAUUAUCAGGAGUUCAGAAGGACCGAGAGAACAGAAGAGAUGGAUCCAAAAACAGAGAGAAAGAGGACGAGAGCAAAACUGACUAACAUAAAUGAGGGGACCAUGUAUGAUCAGAUGUGUAAAAUAUUGUGUGCAAAGAACGGCAAACAAAUAAUGCGCCAAAUGCAUUCAUAUUUGACUUUUUUUCCAAUACCAAUCUCAUCAUAAAUCAAAAGGUUUUUUAAUUAAAAUAAUCAUAGCCUACCUUUCAGGCUUAUUCUAUCGCAAUAUUCAUACAGUCACCCUAACUAACUGUUCAUUUUAAAUAUAAGUAUUCAUUAAUUAUUUAAUCAAUGCUGUUCAUUUUCAGCCAGCUUGUCAAAGUUGUAGCGGUUUAAUGUAAUGAUCAUUGUAUUGUUUGUAAUAAAUGUUAAAGAAAUAUUUCGGGUUCAAUUCAAGUGAAGCUCAAUCAACAAGAGUUUGUGGCAUAAUGUUGAUUACCAUAACAAAUAAUUAUGAAAAAGAAAAAAGCAAAAAAGCACAAAUGUGUGUUCCUCUGAAGCACUUACAAUGGAAGUCAAUGGGGUCAAUUUCUGGAGGGUUUAAAGGCAGAAAUGUGAAGCUUAUCAUUUUAUAAAAGUACUUAUAUUACUACUUCUGUUAAAACUCAUGUAUUAUUUGAACUGUAAAGUUUUUUUUUUUUUUAAAUCGUCAUUUUUACUGCUGUUUUAGGUUUAAGUGCUACAUCGUCAUGGCAACGGAGUUGUCAAAUUGGCUAUAACUUUCCACAGAUGUGGUUGGUAAGUGAUUUUAUGACAGUAAAAUCAUGUUAACACACAUAUUGUUUAUGUCUUGUGUCUAUACUUUUGAAACAGUGAGUAUUUUAAUGUUUACAGAUUGACCUCCAUUGACUUCCAUUGUAAGUGUCUCACUGGAACACAAACUCUGUUGAUUGAGCUUCACUUGUAUUGAACCCGGAAUAUUCCUUUAAUGCAUUCAAAGGGACAUCAAAGGAGCAACUCAGGGAACAAAUACAAAAACAAACAGAACGCAACCCUUUAGCAAAGACAGAAUUAGACCGUCUGUUUCUGUUGUUGAAUACAUUUCCCACACACCUUUUCAAUUCAAUAAAGUAGUGUUUUCUUUA